AUGCCAGGCCUCCCUCUGGUCUCGUCGUUUUUGUGUUGCAUGUUGAAAAGUCCCACCGUAACUUCGAGAAUCAAUAGGUCGCAUUGCAUAACUGAUGGCUCCCUAAUAGGUGAUGAUGUGCACAGUAAUCCCAGUAAAGUUCGAGAUGUCCGUAAAGUAGAUAUUGUGAAGCUACUCGCAAGCGAUUGA